AUGUGGUUCAACAACUUGCCUAAAGGCUCAGUUAAGUCAUUUGCUCACCUAUCUGAGCUGUUUCUAGAAACAUAUAUUCAUAAUAGCAGAGUCCGACCCGAAUUUGACGCGUUGUUCCAGAUAUUCCGAGAGCUAAACGAGUCACUCCGCUCCCUGGUAACACAACGGAGAAAAUUAUGUGUCGAUAUCGGAAAAGUCCCUGAAGCUUACGCGAUCUUGGGCUUCAAAAUUAGUCUUAGGAAGACGGACCCUAUAUUCGUACACAUGUACGAAACCAUGCCAAAGAAUUUGGGGAAGUUAAGAGAAAUCCAAGCGGAUUACAUAGCCCUGGAAGAACUUCAAGACGGUACUUAUGAUAAGUUGGUGAAAGGAACUAGUAGAGGGGCAAAUAUGGUAGAACCACAGAACCCUCAGAUGCCAGCCCAAGGAGCGGGGAGAUCCAACAACGGGUCAACUCAGUUUGAUAAACAUCGGACUGGGGGAUGUAAAUGGCGAGACCAGGCCCAGCAAAAGAAUGGAAAGUUCGUAGACCCAGUAUACGCGAAGCUGAACACUCCCAUAUCCAAGAUCCUCAAACAGAUUGACAGAAAGCAUAAGAUCACUUAUCCAUGGAACAAAGGUCAGCAGCCAGAGCGGGCUAAAAACAGAACUGACUUCUGCGAGUUCCAUCAAUUCCAUAACCACACGACAGACUCGUGUAUGGACUUGAAGAAGAUGGUGCAAGAUAUGAUCGACGAAGGCAAGCUUCAAGAGUACAUCGCGCAACCAGUGGUGCCACUCGCAGCCGGGACACCUGUACAUCGGGUGAAAAUCCCUCGUGAGGCGCAAUAUCUAGGGUGA